CUGGCAGCACCCAAGACACUGGCAGUUGGAAAAGUGAUGGAGGACAAAAUGGGAACUCAAGGACAGGUAAAAAAGCAAGAAGCACUUGAAGAAGAAAAGAAAGGUUAAGAUGACCUGGAGAAAAGAAAAAGAGAUUCGUAAGAAGAAAGAAAUAAAACAGUUCACCACUGAAGAGGUAUCCUGAUAAUAUGAAUAUCGUGGUAGGCUAAAACCUGGAAUCAUCUGGAAGAACAAAUAGGGUCCAUCAUGACUUUCCCAGGCCAUAUCAGAAAGCCCAACAAAAGGGCUUUUCCAGUGGAAUCUCCUCUAAUGCCACAAAUUCCACGUGGCAAUUUCUUACAUCUUCAGGAGGAGAAACAAAGGCUACAGCUAAAGAAAUUCCUUCUUCAUAGGAUGUUUCUAGUGGCCGAGCUAACAGCAAACACAGAAAAAAAAGAUAUCGCUGACUACUAUGAACAAGUGUUUCAGUCAAUUUUAAAACAUCACCUAGGAGAAACAGUGACAGGGUUUUUGCUGGUAUAUCCUACUUCUAUUCUGCAUAUCCUUGAGAGCUCCAGCGGUACACUUUACCGAAUUCUUUUAGAUUAUCUGAGUCAUCAAAAGAGUGAAACAGAAUUCUUUAUCCGAGGGAUGAGAAUUAUCGUUGUGUCCCAUAAUAUCCCAACCAGGCUCUUCAUGCAAUGGCAUAUUUCAGUAAUAAAAGUUCCAGUCAUGUAUCUUGAUGAUGUGACACAGACACAAUCUGUGGAAGAGGUCAUCACAGAGUUUCUCACUCAGACUCAUAAACUGGCACUCCACCUUUUAAAGACGGUUAAAGUGGGUGCUAAAGGACCAGGAGAUAAUCUGCACCAACUUGCACCUGAACUGCUAAUCCCAGAACAAAUAAUAAAGUACUUAUACAAAUCUGAAGAAUUCAUGGAUCCAGAAACUUUCAUAAACACAUAUAACAAACCCAUACAUGUCACUUUGGAUUCCGAGGUGAUAUGGCCUGCUCCGACUUAUUUCUAGGAUUGAGAGAGAUGUGGUGGAUGGGGUCUGAUCUCUCAAGGAAUUGACGCUACUUAAAUAAAAGGAAGGAAUUUCUAAAGUUACUCUCCUCUUGAAAAAAGAAAGGACCAGAAUGCCACAAUAUACACAAAGGUAAUAUAUUAAUCUUCACAGAGCAUGUUGA